AGCCCCUCAGUUGAUGUCAGAGCUCCAUUGAGACAGGCACGUUCACUAAUUCUCCAAAAUAAUCUUUAAAAAAAGAAUAAGAACCAGCGAAGAAAACCCAAGGAAUGAAGGCCACAACCCAGGUACUGCUUGCAGUGUGCUUGCUCGCCAAGUGUUUUGGAAACUGCGAAGGGAAGGAGGAGAAGAAAGACGGCCCUCGCGCUGCUCAUAUAACAGACCCCGCGAAAAACGAAGCCUCACCUACCCUGGAGAUCAUCGACUUUGUUCCUUUCCAUCUGACAAAAGCCAAGGAACAUCGGUUCAACCUAAUUAUCACUUUCGGCAGGAAUGACCAUCCAGGAGGGCGUAACGAUGGCUUCCCUGAAAUCAUGGGGAUCGAGCCAGCCGAGAAUCCGCGCGAGACAGCGGAGGACAACAACACCGACGAGUGGCUGAACAACACAGUGUUGUACGUCGCCAUCGCCAUCGCCCUUGCCCUAUGCCUAUCAAUAGUCGGCCUCCUCGUGACCAUUGGAUACUACCAGAAACACAAGCGGUACAUCGUCGCCAGCAGAUCCUCUUCCCUUGCAGGUGCCUCUUCAGGUUCCUCUCCACCCGACGCAGAAGUUCGUCUCUAUCCGUCCCGCUUGGGCGUGGCUAACAUAAAGCUCGUAGCCAGCCUCAUGGACGAGAAAAAGACUGAUGAUCUCAACAGGCUCAUCUAAGGUUCAACCCAACCCAUUCCUAUCUGUAUAUGUGUAAAAGUCAUGAAUGAGAAUUAAUAUCUUCACAAUACAAGGGAUGUAUUUGACUGGUUUCGAUUAUAUCUUCGUCAGAAAUACACGUACAAAGAUAUAAUUGAAACUGGCCAAAUACAUUUCCUGUAUUGUGAAGAUAUUCAUUCUCAUUUAUACCUUUUAUACAUUUGUCAGCAUGAAUACGGUUCAGCAUUUCCCUUUGUUAGGUUCCUUGAGGCAACGCUAGGUUAGCAAUAAUUAUUACAUAUUUUGAAUGCUCGACGCAGCAUCAGGGGUUUAACUAUUUCCUUUUGAUUAUCACUUGGGGCUUAAUGAGGGCAAAGCUUAUGUGUUUGCAGUUAUUUAGGCAAAAGAGCAAACAAUGUAUAAUGAACUGCAGGCCGUAGAACCAUUGUAAUAACCAUUUCCUUUUCAUUAGAUUACCUAGACAGGAUGAGUGUAACACCUGUUUCCUUGCAAAGUCCUUGUGUUGCUUUAUAACAAAAAAUAGACUCGCAAACUGCUUAUAUUGUACGCUUUUUGGAGGGGAACAUUUUCUUAUGAUUCUUUACAUUUGUAACAGAUUUGAAUAAAGGUAGAAUACU